UUGCCUUAGGGAGUCUUAAGGAACAUAAGCAUGACUUACAAGCAUUGGUGACUAGCAAAUUUUAUGUUGAAUCAAAAUAUGCAAAAGAUAAGAAAGCAAAGGCAGUGGUGAAAAUCAUUCUUGAUAAUCAAUUUUGGAAUGAUUGUCAUGUAAUUGUGCAUAUUAUGUCACCAUUGAUUCGUUUAUUACGCAUUAUUGAUUCUGAUGAAAAACCAGCUAUGGGUUAUGUAUAUGAUGGCAUGUAUAGAGUAAUUGAUGGAAUUAAAAAAAUUUUCAAGGACAAAAAGAGACUAUGGGAGCCUUAUGUUAAUAUUAUCAAGGAUCGUUGGGAUAAUCAAUUCUAUAGAGAUAUUCAUGCUGCUGCUUAUUGGUUGAAUCCUGCAUUCCAAUAUGACACAUCCACUCUUAAUAAGAGGCUAGAGACACAAUCUGCUGUGACAGAUGUUAUUGAAUCAAAAGUUUCAGUUGGUCGGUUGAAGUUGGUGGAGGAAUUAAGGCUAUUUCGAGAGCGUGAACAAACUUUUGGAACUCAACUUGCUCAAGAAUCAGCCAAGACAUCUCAGCCGGAUGAGUGGUGGAAGUUGUUUGGAUCUUGUGCUCCAACCUUACAAAAGUUUGCAAUUCGGAUCCUUAGCCAAACAGCUGCCUCUUCGGGAUGUGAGCGGAAUUGGAGUGCUUUUGAACAAAUACAUACCAAAAGAAGAAAUAGAUUGGAGCAUCAACGACUUAAUGAUCUUGUAUUUGUUCAUUAUAACUACCGAUUGAAAGAAAGAGUCAAAAGAAAGAAGUUCAAUUUUGAUCCUAUUGACUAUGCAAGUAUCGAUAAAACUGAAUUUUGGGUAGUGGAAGAUGAGGAACCUCCAUUUCUUGAUCAUGAGGAGAUAGAAAAUGCAUUAUAUGAAGAGGGAGCCUAUCCAAUUGAAGAAGGGUCUUCUAGCCAUGUACAAAGAGAUAUGGACAAUGAAGUGAUUGAGGAUGAUGAUGAUGACAUUAAUUUGGAAUCAUUUGGUGAUGAAGAUGAUGCUCCUCCCGGAUUUAGAGAUAAAAAUCAUCCUAUUCAUGUUGAAGUUGAAGAAGAUGAAGAUGAGGAUGAUGAUGAUGAUGCUAGUGGUGGAGCAUUUGGUUCACAUGAUGAUAUUGAUUUUAAUUUUCUUCAUAACAAAUGAAGCUUGGGUCUUAAAAGUUAAAACUUAGUAGUUUUUUUGAAACUUUAUAACUUAUUUGCUAUUUGGAUGUAAUGAACUUAUUUGUUAUUUUUCAUUUGUCAUUUGGAUGUAAAUGUAAUGACUAAUGAACUUACUGUUGUGGUAUGUGUAUUUUUUUAUUAGAAGACAAAACUAUAGAUGAGUUGAGUUUGUUUGGAUGUCCUACAUUUUUUGUGGUCGGGGUUGGAUGGUAACUUGGGUGGAUUUGAAGCAAAGCAGGGAGAAU